AUGUAUUUCAACCGGAGAUGUACGAGGAACAGACUCAGUGCAGAAAUCGUUAGGACUAACAGACACUUAUAUGUGAUAUGUUUUUACCUGUUGGUUUAUCUAAUUGACAACUCCACUUCCGUGUCUAGUGAGCCAGCGAUCGGUGCACAUCCUACUAUUUAUCAGAUAUCGAUUAAUGAAUCUAAUGCAUCGCAGUACCAGGGCCUUCCGGUGGUUCAAAAGUGCUGUUCCGUUGGGGAAGUCUUGACGAAGGACGAGGCCGGGAGAACUGUGUGCCUCAACGCCAAUCUGACCCUCGACGCAACGAUUUUUUCACCCUAUUUUAGCGAUUUUAAUAGAAGUGGGGUGCUUGCUCCGGGCGAGGAGAAGUCGCGAUUUGUGGCGAUCAUCGGCAAUCCCUGCCAAUUUAAAAAGUAUGUGCUGGAGCCCGAGGUGACGAGUGACGAUGAACAUUAUCUGCUGUUGAAUGGCUCUAUUUUCGGUCCACAUCACAUGCCAUCAAUGCUCUCCCCAGGGAGUGAUUACUGCAUGGAGGUCAUCCCUGGUCUUGGUCUGAGGACGCUGGUCUGUUUCCAAGAAGAGGGAGAAAAGCAGACUGGAGACUUUCGGUUGACUUUCUACGCCUGCGGGCUUCUCAUUUCCGUGCCCUUUCUCAUUCUCACGAUAAUCGCCUACUGCAUCACCCCGAGAUUGAUGGACGUCCAUGGAAAAGCCCUCUGUCACUACUGUGGAUGUCUCGCAGUGGCUUUUGCAGCCCUCGCCAUCACUCAGCUGUCAAGCAAUCAUUUGAACGAUGAAAUGUGCAUUUCCACAGCCUUUGUCAUCCAGUUCUCCUUCGUCGCGUGUUUCUUCUGGCUGAACGUAAUGUGCAUUGAGACGUAUCUGCUCGCUAGGAGGUACAUGAACAGUGGAUGCUCAACCGCCCGUCAACCCCUUAGACUUUUCUUUUAUUACUCCCUGUGGGCCUGGACGCCUCCUGCUGUUCUCAUUAUCGUUUCUAUGGUUAUGGAUCUCAGUCCGACUGUUCCCAUGACGUAUAUUAAACCGAAUUUUGGAUCCCAGAGCUGUUGGUUCGAAUCUGACGUAGAUGCGAUGCCUUACUUUUACGUGCCAGUGGGUCUUCUCCUCGGCGCCAAUAUUGUCCUCUUCACAAUGACAGCGGUGGCAAUCACCCACCACCAGCGGGACCUCGAUCUCCGUCGAUUGCGACAAGACAGAGAGACUAAUCGAGACGAGCGUCGAACACUGAGUCGAUUAAAACGUCUAUUCCUCGUUUGCCUGAGUUUGUUCUUCCUCAUGGGCAUGAAUUGGGCGAUGGAGAUGAUAUCCUGGUGGGCAGGUGGUGAUCCCCUGGCUUGGUCAGCCUUUGAUCUUGUCAAUGCUCUUCAGGGGAUUCUUGUCUUCGGUAUAUUUGUCCUCAGAAAGCCCAUAAGACAACUCGUUUGGUACGAGGUGCAGAAGCUUCGAGGGGUGGAGGCGACCGAACCAGAAGUCGCUAGUAUGGACCGAUCUCUUCUUACUGUACUCAAUAUUGAUGCCUUACCUUCCACCGAGAGAAUGUUAUAACUGAACUGCAUUGAGAGACUAAUUUAUUUGUAGAGAAAUUUUUUUAAAUUGAAAAAUGGCCUCAAAACUCAUUUAUUCUACUAAAAUGGAAUGAGCAAGGUUCAUCCAUGCGGAGUGAUCAGAAGAGAUUCAAUGAGCAUACAGAACAUGUCAAAAUGCGAGUUGAAGGGACCUCGAUCUUAAAAGCUGCUUGCGACAGAUGCAGGGGAAUCCCAGGAAUAUAUGGGGUGCUGCAACUGUCAUUUCCCAUUCAUAAAUAUUCAUUAAGAGUAUUGACCCUCAUUAGAUCUUCUGAAAUAGUUUUUUUUUUCAUUUCAAAGGAGUAAACAAAUUGUUAAAGUCAUACUUCAGAUUUUUCAACUGUUAAGGCCUCCAGAAAAUAUUUAUUUCAUUCUCUCAGUGCGACAAGUGUGUGAAAUGAACAAUUUUAUAACCGUUUCAUCAACGGUCAAUUCCAUUUAUUUAUUUAUUUAUUUUUAUAUUCCAAGAAAUCAACAGAGCUCCAUUAUUUCCAUUUCCCCAAUUGUUCCACAAAUUACCCAUAAUUUAUAUCGACUUCAAGUAUGUAUACAUUUAAUUAUUUGUAAUUUAAUCCCCUGUCCUCCUAGUCAAUAUUGCAUACAUACAUUGCAUAAUGGGGAGCAAUUGCUACUGACAAGAUAAUAAAAUAAAGUACAUCUCAUUACU